AUGGAGGGCAUAAAUGAUGUCAACAUGGACAAAUCAGAUGAGAUCAUCAUGCCGGGGUUCCGGUUCCAUCCUACCGAUGAAGAGCUCGUUAGUUUCUACCUCAAGAACAAGAUCCAGCAAAAGCCUAUCUCUAUUGAGCUCAUCAGGCAGCUGGACAUCUACAAGUUUGACCCGUGGGACCUCCCAAAGCUUGCGAGCACCGGUGAGACGGACUGGUACUUUUACUGCCCAAGGGACCGGAAAUAUCGCAACAGCGCGAGGCCAAACCGAGUCACAGCAGCUGGGUUCUGGAAAGCCACAGGAACAGACAGGCCGAUCUACUCCUCCGAAGGCACCAGGUGCAUAGGCCUGAAGAAGUCCCUUGUCUUCUACAGAGGCAGGGCAGCAAGAGGGAUCAAAACUGACUGGAUGAUGCAUGAGUUCAGGCUUCCUUCGCUCACCGAUCCAUCACUUCCCAAGAGACCAAUCGAUAAGAACAUCCCGCUCAACGACUCUUGGACCAUAUGUAAGAUCUUCAAGAAGACCAGUUCGAUGGCACAGCAAAUGGCGCUGUCUCACACUUGGGGCCCUCCAUUGCCUGGGACAACUGAGCAAGAUCUCUUCUCUGCAAUGCAACCGGUGCAAGCUUCACAUUUUGCUUCGGAGAGCUCCUCCCGCUCAUUGCAAGUUGCAGAGGCACCAGCAAGUCAGUUCAACAGCAAACAUGGGUUCCAGGGACAGCAGCAGCUUCAGAAACCCAGCAACACACAGGAUGGCUCUUCAUGCAAGGUCAUAAGCUUUAACUGCAAUCCAUCUCUGGAACUGGAAGAUGUAAAUGUCGGCAUGAGCAGCAGGAACCAAGAUUCAUCCACAAUGAAGCAUGGCAAUACUUUCAGUAUGAACAAUGAGUUGGACGCUCCGGGGAGACUCAACUUCCCAUUCGAUUUAGGAGCAGACUCUUUAGAUGACUGGAAGUGCAACAUACCUUGGGAAUCCUUUCUUAGCCCAACUGUCCCUGCUGAGAUGCCACAGUACUAG